ACAAUCAUCUUCUAAAGUUUUAAAGUAAAAGAUCAAUGCUUACUUGUGCUCGAAUCCAAUGUUUUCACCGUCUUCUUCUACUACUCCACAAAAGUUCGAUGUCUUUCUGAGUUUCAGAGGCAAAGACACUCGCAGAAUCUUCAUCAGCUUUCUCUACAAAGAACUCAUCCGAAUGAGUAUUCGAACUUUCAAAGACGACGUUGAACUCAAGAGUGGACGUCGUAUCUCUUCAGACCUCCUUUUGGCCAUCGAGGGUUCCAAGAUCGCCGUCGUGGUUGUUUCCAAGAAAUAUCCUGCCUCCCCCUGGUGUCUCCAUGAGCUAGUCAAGAUCAUGGACGUCGAGAAACAAGGUUCGCUCACCGUCAUGCCCAUCUUCUACAACGUUGAGCCUUCUCAUGUAAGGAGACAGAUAGAAAAAGUGGCUGAACAGUUUACAAAACAUGAAGGGAGGGAGAAUCAUGAGACUGUUGUGUCAUGGAGGCAAGCUUUGACCAACUUGGCUAGUAUCUCUGGCCAUUGCUCUCGUGAUUGUGAUGAUGACUCGAAGCUAGUCGAUGAGAUUAUUAAGAGAAUAUCCAACAUGCUGUUACUCUCUGCAACACCAUCAAGUGAUGGUCUCAAUAACCAGCUUGGGAUUGAUGCACACAUGAAAGAGCUGUAUCCAUUGUUAGGUUUAAAUUCUAAUGAAGGUGUGAGACUUAUUGGAAUAUGGGCAAGGGGAAGCAGUGUAAGAUCAGCUCUAGCUAGAUUCGUCUACAAGAAAAUCCACAAGAAGUUCCAAAGCAAAUGCUUUCUCGAAAACGUUAAAGGGAUUCCUCAAGACUGUCAAAUGUCGAAUCUUAGAGAAGAGUUUCUAAUAAGGAUCCAAGGAGGUUACUCGACCAUGAAAACCUCUGGAUUGAUCAGAACGAGGCUCAUGAGUCAGAAAGUUCUACUUGUGGCUAACAAUGUUGAUAAACUGGAGCAGUUAGAUGCUCUUGCAGAUGACUUUAACUGCUUUGGUCCUGGUAGUAUAGUUAUUAUUACUACACAUGACAAACAGCUUCUUGUUGGGUUUGGGAUAAAGGUUGUGUAUGAAGUUGAGUGCUUGAGAUGCUUUGAAGUUCGUCAACUCUUUCGUCAGUCCGCUUUUAGAGAGAGAGACCUUUAUGUUGAUUCUGAGAUGUUUUCAACCUUAUCGGUGACUGAGUCUUCUGGUAACUCUGUUUAUGAUUCUUGAAUGGUUAGGUUCGUCUUAGAGUCACUUAAUAGAUGUGAGCUCUUUGCUUAUUAUACCUAUUAGAAUUAGGAGUUGCUUGUGGCUUCUGUAUAUAGUUGCUAGUGUACAAAGAAGUAGAUAUCCACGGUUGAUCCAAUAACAAGCCACGGAAAGCUCUGUUGUUUUAGUCUUUGAGCUUCUCUGUCUUGGAAUAAGGAAUCAUUGGGCACUCUCUCUCCCUUCAUUCCUCACUGUUAUACUCUGCGUUUGUCUUUGUGAUUACAUCAUCAGAGAACCCAGCAUAUUGUGUAAAAAGGACCAGAGGGUAAUAACUUGUAGUCCAAAGAAUUGAGUGUUUGUGUACUUCACUUUGUAGUCGCUACCUUUUACAGACUAAUUUUUCGCUCUGUUUAGGAAUUUCUUGAUGUACAAAUAUUUGAUCAAUAAAGAAAUUCAUUGUGUGAUUUUCUUGUUUUGUUUUUUUUUUCUAAAACACAAACGUUAGUGUACAGUAUCAAUCAACAUAGAUGCUACUACUUAACCAGUUUUCAGAUAAUCACUCACAAAAAAAGCGAAAGAUCUAAUGAAACAAGUUGCAUUAUAAAUUACUAAAGUACAUUAUUAUGAUUCUGAAUUUCGACAAUCUUGUUUCCAAAUUUCUCACCAUUUAAUGGUUGCUCCAUGUACCUUGAGGUAGCAGAUCCAGGUGGAGCUAAUGUUUCAUAUCUUCUCUUUCCUUUAACAAUAACGAAUUCAAACGAGGAGAGAUUUUAUAAGUGUUCUGAAUUCUAGCUCCUGUAAUAUAUUUCACAAUCUCUUUUGUUUACUCAGUUUCCACACAAAGCAAGCGCUUCUAAACGUUUGCAUUUCUCUGUUUCUAUGUAGCUUUCAGUUCCCUAAGGGGGUUCAGACAUGAGAUUCGUAAAGAUUUGUUUUUUUUUUUGUAAGAGAUUCAUAAAGAAUUGAGGACAUGACAAUUGCUUAUUACUUCUGAAUAGGAAUGUCAAAUUAUUGUAGUCACUUGUGUCAUUACGUUAACGUUACAGGGCUUACCGUUCCGGUUGGAUUAGGGACAGGGCCGGCUCACUAUUACCAAAGGCUCUUGAGCAAAAUUUUUGUUAGAACCCUACAAUUGGCUAGUUUUGUAACUAAGAACUUUUUGACUCAAUCAUCACAACAAUACACAUUUCUAUUAGGUAUUUUAACUAGAUAAGUAGAAAUUUCAUGUUUUUAUGCUGUCUUAACUCUGGAUCAAAUAUGCUAAUUUUAAGAAUUAAGACCCCUAAUAUUAUUACAGUUUAGACUAGGCUCCGGGGCGGUCGCACUGGCCGCCCCUGAUUAAAGAAACUACAAACAUUAGGAAACUCGGUUGGAUCAAGGAAACUACAAACACUAGGAAAUUGAGAUCAAACGGAAGUAAAAAGGUUAAGCCUCAAGAGGUACGCCAGUUUCUUAUACGUACGACAUGGAAGAGUAAACUCAGGGGCAACAAUGCCAAGAAACGGGUUAAUAAGUCUGAUCUGAUUUGUUAAUAACAAAUUGUUAUUUGAGUUAUGGAAGAAAGUAACCAAUGAACAUGGGCUUUCUCCCUUUUGUGUGUGUUACUACUUACUAGUGAAUGUAAAAAAGUAAGCGUAUACCGUUGACUAAUAACUUAAAUCCUCAAUAGUCAUAUGGUAAGUUGGCUUCAAUAUUAUUAUUACCUUCUUUUUUUUCUUAACUAGGCACAUUGUUCUGUAUAUAAUCUUGCUACAAAAUUUCAAACCAACAUAAGGCAUGCAAGUUUUCUUACAUUUCGUAAUAGUAAAGGAAGAAAUCAAUCAUAUGAUUCAUAUCACAUGCAUAUGCAAUGUUGCUCCAUGCUAAACGUAUGUGAUAGUGCGUGCGGAUAAUAUGCAAUAUUUUGUUUGUUUUUUUGAAACUAAAAAGGAUUCUUUUUCUCAUCACGUAUUUACAUAUAUGUACGUAUAUCCGAAAACCCCAUAUAAAAACUUCUUUUCACAUUGCUUAAAUAUAUGAAAUUGCUUGCUUUAAAUAAGAUCUAAAUGAGAAAGGGACUAAGCAUCAGUUCUUUUUUAAAUUUGGAAAGGAACUUUCAUAUAUCUUUGCUUCAAUACAAAGGCAAUUAUGUUUGGUGUACGAUUUCACGUUUCAACUCAAAAUUUUGUUUCUACAUUUUAAAAAAUAAACUCUUCUAUCUUUUGUCAUUUUGAAAAUGUAAAUAUGUGAUAUACUCUACUAAUUUAGCAAUAUAUUGCUGUAAAUAGACAUAUCACGAUUAAAACGGACCACAAAAUAUAUCUUCAAAAAAAAAAAAA